UGUUGUAGAGUGUCAAAGAAAAGGAUGGAGAAUAUUGGAGAAACUGCCAGUUUCAGCUGUGAAUAUUCACAGAAUCACAUUAAUGAUCCCAAAAUCAUAUUCAAAGAAGAAAAAGACUCCAUUGAGAUGAUUUACAGCAAAUGGAAGAAGAAAGAAAGAUUGAGUAUUUCUGAUGACAAACAUAAAAACAUCUUCAGUGUGAGAAUGACUGCUGUGACACCAGAUGAUGGAGGAGUUUAUUUAUGUGGAGUUUGGGUCUACAGUUACCCAUACAGUUACUCCAUUAUUAAUACUGUUCAUCUACAUAUUACUUCUAAAGUGGGCGUGUCUAGAGUGAGCAGCUCCUCAGGAGGACGUUUGAUGAUCAAGUGUGAACAUCCUCAAUACAAAACCAACCCAAAAUACAUCUGUAAAGAAUCAGACGGAUGUUCAGAGAGGAAGAAUCCAGGAGUUCAGGGUGAAUGGAUGGAGAAUGGAGAUGUUUCUUUAUAUGACGACACCAGAGCAGGAGUCUUGAUGGUGUUUUUUAGAGAGCUGAAAGCUGCAGAUGAAGGAACAUACAGGUGUGGAGUGAAAGUAUCUGACUAUACUGAGAGCUUCACUGAGAUACAGCUGAGCAUCAGACACGAUGCAAAAUAUCCAAAGAAUGUGACUGAAUCUGUGUAUCCUGGUGGAGAAGUCAACAUCAUCUGUCGGAUCCCAAACGAGCAUAAAGUUCAUUUCUGCAAAGAGGAUGAUAAUCACAUCUGCCAAAGCAUCAGCUCAUCUAAAGUGACAGAAAUGAGUGGUUCAUCAGAGAGAAAUGAAGAGAGAGUUGUUACAGUGAGCAUCAGUAAUGUGAGUGUGAGAGAUGCUGGAGUUUACUGGUGUGGAGCAGAAACCAGAGACACAGAUCUGACUUUCAUCUCCCUGAACACUCAAAUUCAGCUCCACCUCAUCACUAAAGUGGGCGUGUCUAGAGUUAACGGUUCCUCAGGAGGUCGUUUGAUGAUCAAGUGUGAACAUCCUCAAUACAAAACCAACCCAAAAUACAUCUGUAAAGAAUCAGACGGAUGUUCAGAGAGGAAGAAUCCAGGAGUUCAGGGUGAAUGGAUGGAGAAUGGAGAUGUUUCUUUAUAUGACGACACCAGAGCAGGAGUCUUGAUGGUGUUUUUUAGAGAGCUGAAAGCUGCAGAUGAAGGAACAUACAGGUGUGGAGUAAAAGUAUCUGACUAUACUGAGAGCUUCAAUGAGAUACAGCUGAGCGUCAGAGACGAUGAAAAAUAUCCAAAGAGUGUGACUGAAUCUGCUCAUAUUGGUAAAGAAGUUAACUUCACCUGUCAGAUCCUGGAGAAGCACAAAGUUCAAUUCUGCAAAGAAGAUGAUAAUCACACUUAUAAUCACAUCUGCCAAAGCAUCAGCUCAUCUAAAGUGACAGAAAUGAGUGGUUCAUCAGAGAGAAAUGAAGAGAGAGUUGUUACAGUGAGCAUCAGUAAUGUGAGUGUGAGAGAUGCUGGAGUUUACUGGUGUGGAGCAGAAACCAGAGACACACAUCUGACUUUCAUCUCCCUGAACACUCAAAUUCAGCUCAACCUCAUCAUGCCUCCAGUAGUGAGACAUGAAGGAGAAUCAGCUGAGAUCAUCUGUCCUUAUGAUUCAAUCUAUAAAUCAAAGCCAAAGUCUCUCUGUAAGGGGAAGUGCUCCAUUAGAGACAGAAAUCCUCUCAGUGAGACUGUGAGAGAAGAGAAAGAGACCAAGACUGGCAGAUUGACUCUGAAUGAUGACAUCACUGCAGGGGUCUUCACUGGGAGCAUCACUGGACUGACAGCAGAGGAUGCUGGGAAAUACUGGUGUGCAGUGACAUUAGAAACAGAGCUCAAUUAUCUUUACACUCAUCUGAUCGUCAUCAUGAACGAGGAGCUGAACUUGACUAAGUAUGAAGGAGACGACGUGUCAAUCCAGUGCAAACAUCAUGAUGAAGAUCAGAAACGCUUCUGCAAAGCACAUGAAGCCUCCAUGUGUGUGAAGGAUGGAGUUUCAUUGGAGACGAUCAGAGAUGAUCGAAUCUCUUUCAGUGAUGAAGCAUCUACUGGAGUCUUUACUGUGAACAUCACUGAUCUGAGAGAAGAGGAUUCUGGGAUAUACUGGUGUGGAGCUCACAUCAUCACUAAAGUCAAUCUUGAAGUCAACAAAAGUGUUACUGGCAGAAUCACAAUCUCUUGUGUUUCUGUGACUCUACUGCUGAUGGGAGCGUCUGUCCUGUUAUUAUACAAAUUAGGAUAUAUCAAGACACGAGAUCAGCACACUUCCCCAGACAGGACUGGGAUGAGCGGUGGAGAGGCCUCUCAUGCAGCAUGUGACUAUGAGAAUAUCAAAGAUGCCAGAAGCCGCUCAAUCCCAGAUACUGAGGAAACAGCGUUAUACUCCACUGUCACACAUCCCACAGACGUGUCUGAUCCAAACGACAUGCUGUAUUCUACCGUACAGUUACCCACAAACCCCUCUGAUGGGCUCCUGUAUGCUUCAGUCCAUUUCCAGAAACAUGAACAGUCUAUCAGCGAUGCUAAAGUUACCUUCAAUAAUGAGGACGUUUACUGUAACUACACCACGGUCAGUCUCAACUAGCUCAGCUAGGUUUCAGAAGGUGUUCCUUUUUCUUCUUUUUUUUUUUUUUAAAGAACUUAAUUUUUAAAAGA